AUGCCACAGACCUUCUUCCAGGAACAGGAAUUUGCCUAUCCAUGGCAUCAGACUGCCAAUGCCGUCUGGAACAAAUACCCAAACCCACACGCAGACCACGUCGUCUCAGUCGACGUACUCGACCAAUCCUUCGAUCCCAACUCCGGCCAACUUCGCACAGAACGGAUCAUCGGUGUUCGUCAAGGCGCUCCCGGUUGGCUCGUCCGUCUCGUCGGCGCAAGCGAAGACACGUAUGUUCGAGAGAUAGUCAUGGUCAACCCUUGGACAAAACAGUUCCAGAUGACAAGUACGAACUUGUCGCUCUCCCAAUACAUGCUGGUUAAAGAGUACAUCACAUAUACACCGAAAGAGAAUCGCCGAGGUUUGGGGGAAGGGACCAUGCUCAAUCAGGUUGCCGAUAUUAGUUGUACCGGAUUUACAGGGAUAUUGUCAGGAGCGGCGAGAAAGGUGGAAGAGUGGUCGUAUAACAGGUUUAGAGACAAUGCUGGGAAGGGAAGGAGUGGGUUACAGAGCGUGUUGGAUUCGCUUUAUGGGUUGGCGUCACCUUUCUCAGCGUGA